UGACGCCGCAGCCUGGAGCAGGUGAGGACGGUUGCGUCGUAAUGAUGUUGUGAUUGCGGGAAUCUGCUGCUAGCAAAACAUUUUUCUGAACACUUUGAAUUGUCCACUGAAACCGUGUGCCAAGCCUCUCUCGGCCCGUGGAGGGAGUGAAGAUGUCAGCCGAGUGGGACGACCCCUUCAACCAGCUCAAUAAGUUCGAGAAACUGUCGUGGAGGCCACAGAUCCCAGAAUCAGUCACUAAGAAGCGGACACGAUGGCUGCACGCCCGGCGACCAUUCUCUCCUACCUCCCUCAACCUUCGGAUUCCUAACAGGUUUCUAAGAGAAGGACUUUGUGUCCCCCCGGCCCGAAGUGGUCACCGCUGUGUGGCAGACAGCACCAAUUUGUAUCUUUUUGGCGGCUACAACCCAAACUAUGAAGAAGCGGGAGGUUCAGAGAACGAGUUCUAUCCACUCUUCAGGGAGCUUUGGCGCUUUCAUUUCGCCACUAGCACCUGGCAGAAGGUGCAGACGGAAGGUUAUAUGCCCACAGAGUUGGCCUCGAUGUCAGCUGUUUUUCAUGGCAGCAACCUUCUAGUCUUUGGCGGAACAGGAAUCCCGUUUGGUGAAAACAAUGGUCAUGACGUCCAUGUCUGCAACGUCCAGUACAAACGUUGGAACCUGCUGAAUUGCAGAGGAAAGAAGCCCAACAAGAUUUACGGCCAGGCGAUGGUCAUCAUAAACGACUUCCUGUAUGUGUUCGGGGGAACAACGGGUUAUAUCUACAGCACUGACCUGCACAGGCUGGACUUGACCACCCGAGAGUGGACACAUCUUAAACCAAAUAACGCACCUACCGAUCUACCUGAGGAAAGGUACAGACAUGAGAUUGCGCACGAUGAGCACCGAAUAUACAUUCUAGGAGGCGGGACUUCCUGGACGUCAUAUUCCCUUGAUAAGAUCCAUGCGUACAACUUGGAGACAAAUUACUGGGAAGAAAUCCUCACAAAACCACACCCAAGAAUAGGAUAUCCCGCUGCACGUCGGUGCCAUAGCUGUGUCCAGGUCAAACGCGAGGUUUUCAUCUGUGGUGGUUACAAUGGAGAGCUGAUCCUUCCGGAUGUCUGGAAGCUAAACCUCCUGACCUUUCAGUGGACCAAACUACCAGCUGUCAUGCCAGAACCAGCUUACUUCCACUGUGCUGCUGUCACUCCGGCUGGCUGCAUGUAUGUCCAUGGCGGGGUGGUCAACAUGUCCGGAAACAGAAGAACCAGCUCCCUCUACAAAGUGUGGCUGGUGGUGCCGAGCCUGCUGGAGCUGACCUGGGAGAGACUGCUCAAGUGCUUCCCUCACUUAUCUCAGCUGUCAAACCUUCAGCUGCUCAGCCUGGGACUCACACACACGCUGAUUCAACGACUCAAAUAGAGCCUUUUUAUAAACCAACAGCACUGACUCCUGAGAUCUUGAAAAGACCGGGACAUCUUAAAGUGGAUAUUUUCACAUGCACUGUUGGAUUCUUGUGAACGGCUGGACUUGUUCCUCUUUGUCUUUUUUUUUUUUUUUUUUAGAAGCCACUGUGAUCUGUCUUUGGCAUGCUUUUACUCUUCAAUGCUGUCGUGUAUCAUGAGUUUUGCAAAGAUCUAAUCAUUGUCAUUGAAGGAGGAAAAUAUAUUUUUAAUUCUACACAUGAAGACACUUUCACUGAACCCAUUCCUGUCUGUCUACUGGUUAGCUGCCUACUCUUUGUUGUUCUCAUGAAUUAGUAGCAAGGUGUACACUCAAAGCAGAAAUGUUUCAGGAUUCAAAUGUGUCCAUUGUUUGUGUUAGAUACUGAAUAUCACUUCCUUUUUACUGAGUCUUAACACACCAAGAGCCACAUUCGAUCUUGUUUACAAGUGCCUCUAUUGUUUUGUUUUUUCUCAAAUUCAUUUGAAUUUUGGAUUUGUGGCCUUGUCCGUGUACCGUUCACCCUGAGCCUUUAAGUUUCUUAACUUCACUACACUUCUUACUGAUGUAAACACCAAGCUUCACACUAACAACUCAAUCAAGCAAAUGCCAAUCUUUGCGUUUUUCUUACUGGUUUUAUUGCUGUGUUUUAAUACAACAGGCUAAUUUACUUCUUAUAUUAAAAUAUAGGUCAAAUCCAAUUGUUUUCAUUUGCUUUUUACUGGUGGACUUCUUAAGGCUGUGUAACUAGAACAACACUGAGACAGGAGAACAAGAUGGACCGGUGCUACUCUGUAAUCAAAUCAUUUUUGUUCUUCAACUGUCUUCAACAGAUCAGAUUUACUUCUGGUGCUGCCUUCAUUUUUUUGUUUUUUUGACGUUAAUAAAAUUUGGAUGAUGUUCUGCAUGUCAGUAAGUCAUGCAUGCAUGUGAACUGAAAGAAAAGCUGAAUGUUUCCCAAGUUACUGUGAUAGUAAUGUAUUUAAUGCUCUGUACAAACAAUAAAAAACACAGGCAGCUGA